CAUGUUAAGAAAAUUGAAACUGACGAGAAAGCAGAUUGUGGAAUGCUGGAGGUUUUCCGAUUGAGUUCUUAGAUCAUUAUCUGAGAUCGGGCGACUGAUGCAAUGGCGACGGUGCAGGCUGUUACUGGUAACUUGACGGCCGCGGAGCGCGGUAUAUUGACCGCAAUCAACAGCGGCGCCUCUAGCCUCUCGCUCGUCGGUUCCGGCUUCAUAGUCCUUUGCUAUUUACUCUUCAAGGAGCUCCGCAAGUUUUCCUUCAAGCUCGUGUUCUUCCUCGCUCUCUCCGACAUGUUCUGCAGUUUCUUCAGCAUCAUUGGGGAUCCUUCAAAAGGAUACUUUUGUUACGCUCAAGGCUACGCGACACAUUUUUUCUGUGUUGCUUCUUUCCUGUGGACCACUACAAUUGCUUUCACUCUGCACCGAACAGUUGUUAGACAUAAAACUGAUGUGGAGGAUUUAGAGCCGAUGUUUCAUUUGUAUGUUUGGGGAACUUCUGUUGUUAUGACAGUAAUUCGUUCUAUUGGCAAUCACCAUCAUGGUCAUAUAAGCCAUGUUGGUGCUUGGUGUUGGGCACAAAGAGGGCUCACAGGACAGGUGGUCCAAUUUAUAACAUUUUAUGCACCGUUGUGGAGUGCAAUUCUUUUCAAUGGCUUCACCUAUUUUCAAGUGAUACGCAUGUUAAAAAAUGCCACUCGUAUGGCAGUGGGAAUGUCAGAGCGUGGUUAUCAAUCAGAUGCACGACAUGAUAUGAAGGCACUGAAUCGAUGGGGCUACUAUCCACUUAUUCUAAUUGGAUCGUGGUUCUUCGGCACGAUUAACCGUAUGCACGACUUUAUCGAACCAGGUCAUAAGAUCUUUUGGCUUUCUGUUCUUGAUGUUGGCAUGGCUGCACUUAUGGGCCUUUUCAACUCGAUAGCCUAUGGUCUCAACUCUUCAGUGCGGAGGGCCAUUUAUGAAAGAUUCGAUCUGUUUCCUGACAGGUUUAGAAGAUUGCUUCCUAGGAAUUUGAGGCCGAGAGGCCAGCAACAGGAUAGUGAAUUAGUUUCACUGAAAACUGAGGGCUAGCAAUUGCAGUUCAGUUCUUGGCCACUGCUAUGUGCACAUAUUUGAAUUAGAGAUCUAUUCUUUUGCAGAAGAUAAUUGACCAGGAGCAACAGAGGUACUGUGUCUGCCUUCCAUGUGAAGGGGAUUCUGCACGAUUGUUCUCUCUCAGGUGAACUAAUUUGACACACUAAACAAGUUUCGUUUAUGUUUAUCUCUGCAGCCGCUUUCUAACUGCAUGUAUAACUAGUGGCAACUGUACCAGCUCAUAUUUCUGGAAGCAUUGCUGUGCUACCCAUUUUCUUAUGUCAUCAAGAACUUAGUUUGCUUGAAGCAUUGGUUUUAUCUUCUUUAGUAGACAAUUGAGAUGUCUAAAAAUUGUCAGUUGAUACAUCUGUUUGAUAUUGUGUUUCAAUCUCGUAUUGUAGAUACAUUUGUUCGAUAUUGUGUUUCAAUUUCCCAUUCUAUUGCAGCAA